UAACUGCCCCUAGAGACCUGUAUUAAUUAUAAUCGAAUUCGAUCUUUGCAUUUUUUUAUUUUAAAAAAGAUUAGAAACGCGAAUUUUUCAAGAAUAACCCGCAAGAGUCAAUAACCGUCCGUAGCAGCUGAUGCAAAGAAAAAAAGUAGCGGAAGCGUCGCCAGGCAGUUUCCUACUAGAUUGAUCGCGUUUGAGUUGCGGGCCGGCUCCUCUAGGCAACUCUUUCUCUUUGUUAGAAUUAGAAGUUGAAGUGGAAUAGAGAAGAGGAUCAGAAGAAAGUGGGGGCCUGCCUGAGUGGUGGAGGGUUGAGAGACCCCGGCUGAAUAGGCGGACGGAAGAAAACCAGUCUUAAAUCCCCCUCAUCCCGACAUACAUGGACUCGGCCGUUCACCGCACGAUCGACGAUUUGGAUAUUAUCAAAACCAUAGGUACAGGUACAUUCGGAAGGGUCUGCCUAUGCAGGGAGAAAGAAUCAGGCGAAUACCUCGCUGUCAAGAUACUCGCCAUCAGCGAUGUUAUCAGGCUCAAGCAAGUGGAACACGUCAGGAACGAAAAGGAGAUCCUUUCUGACAUCAAACAUCCUUUCAUAGUAAACCUAUGGUGGCAUUUUAGGGACUCGUGUUUCCUCUACAUGGUGUUCGACUAUGUGCCUGGAGGAGAGCUCUUUUCCUACCUCAGAAACGCCGGCCGGUUCCCGCCGAACACAGGCAUGUUCUUCACGGCGGAGAUCGUUUUGGCCCUGGAGUACCUCCAUUCACAAUCCAUCGUCUACAGGGACCUCAAGCCGGAGAACCUCCUGCUUGACAGGGAGGGUCAUCUCAAGAUGACCGAUUUCGGUUUUGCAAAGAAACUCACAGACAGGACGUGGACGCUCUGCGGCACUCCUGAAUAUCUGGCGCCAGAGAUAAUCCAGUCCAAAGGGCACAACAAAGCAGUCGAUUGGUGGGCACUCGGUGUGCUAGUCUACGAGAUGUUGGCCGGCUACCCACCUUUCUUCGACAAGAACCCUUUCGGCAUCUACGAGAAGAUCCUGGCAGGGAAAAUCGAUUGGUCCCACCACCUGGACCCCAUUGCCAAAGACCUUAUUAAAAAACUGCUCGUACAGGACCGAACGAAGCGAUUAGGAAAUAUGAAGAAUGGAGCCGAAGACGUCAAAAGGCACAGGUGGUUCAAAUCGAUAGAUUGGACAGAAGUCGUUCAUAAAAAGUUAAAGCCGCCGUUCGUCCCCAAGGUGAGGUUCGAGGGCGAUACUCGCAACUUCGACAGCUACCCGGAAGCCGACUGGAAAUCGACGCCCUCAGUCGGUGAGAACGAGGAAAGCCUCUUCGACGACUUCUAAGUCCCAAGGAGCCGGCGAUUGCAAAAGAACGGUUUCUUCUCCUGUAAAUAUUGUUUGUAGAAUACUGUGGAAAUAAUAUUUUUCUCUAAGUUUUAUUUUGUUUGUUCUUUUGUAAUUAAAUUAUUUAAGCA